AUGCCAUUCCCGACUGACUGGUAUGAUGUUUGGGGUCAGCAGCGGCCUGCUGUAUACACCGAUAGUUAUUUACAAUGGUUUGUUGAGAGGAGGGCCUUCGCUUCAUCGAUCAUAUUUGGUGGGGCAUGCGUUGGCGGGGCUAUGCUCCCCUUCAUCACAGAUGCUCUCCUGAGUUCAGUAGGGUUUUCAGGGUCGAUGCGUGCUUUAUCAGUCAUUUCUUUCGUGAUUUGCUCCCUGGGGAAUCUAGGGAUCAGACCCCGUGUCCCUCCCGCGCCUGUAGCGAGUUCGGCACGGUCUUCUCACCGUUUGCCCACCAUUAACUACCGAAUCUUUCGCACUCCUUUGUAUGUCGCAGUGUCUCUAGCCACAGCACUACAAGCAAUAGGAUACUAUCCGGUUCCAUUCUAUAUACCCUCUUAUGCCGCUGCUCUAGGCCUGUCGAGCACAGAUGGUACCUUAGCACUCGCCACUUUCAAUCUCGCCACGUUACUAGGUCAAGUUUGCGGAGGGACGCUUUGUGAGAGUCUGGGAUACAAUGUGCUAAUGCUCGCAUCUGCUGUUUCCUCUGCCGCUGCGGUCUACAUCAUAUGGGGUUUUGCGCACACUUCUGGGCUAGUGUACCUUUUUUCAGUGAUUUUUGGUGCCGUUAGCGGGGUGUUCACUAGUUCAUUCGCGUCAGCUAGCGCGGAUAUUGCUGGUCGCCGAAACGGACAAUCGGCUAGUAUGGUAUUAGCAAGCUUGGGGCUCUGGAAAGGUGCCGCAAUAGUCCUUGGGCCGAUUGUGUCAGGUGUCAUUCAUCACUCAUCGAAACCGAUUGAUCCUUCGAAAUACUCUGGAUACGGAUUCACAGGCGUUAUUCUUUUCGUGGGAAGUAUGCUGAGUGCCACAGGGUUGAGUGUGGUGGUCAGCGUUGGCACUCGCUACUCUGAAGCAAUCAUUGUGCCCAAGUUGCAGCAGUUCAAUCCGGUCGAUUUUGCGAUCUGAGUGUGGUCGAGUGUCCUCGACUUGAUGUUGGAACAAUAAUACUAGUUAAAGUAAUGAUUCUAUGGAGGUGCCGUGGCAGUGGUAUCCCAGUACUAAAAGCCACUCCAGACAACUGUUCAGCGGAUACGUGCUAGGGUUUGCAUCGAUGCUUU